AUGUCCAAUACUUCAUCUAAUUCUGCCUACAUUUUUAAUGCAAACAUUGCCUCAAAUUUGAUCGAUCCAGCGGGAGAAGGGCCAGUUGACACAGCUCUAACAGUAUUGCACACCACAUUGAACUCUCUUCCUUCUCCUUCAUCAGAACUAGCUGAGAACUUGUCUUCAGACUCAAAUCCAAUGUUUCUUUUCAAUGCUCCUGAGAUGCCGCUAUUUGAAAAACUACUAGGAAUCUGCUCAUUUAAGGAAAUCGAUUACAGGUUUUUCAAGGAUUCCAAUCAGUAUACCUAUCGCAUGAAAUUCUUCACCCGGGGCUGGAGAAUUUACAGAUUCUCCUUUGUCAACAACUUUAAUAAAAUAGAUAAGCCGGUUCUUUUAUAUGUUUUAAUUGGGAGCAAAGCAAUUGUGGUUGUUAGCUUCUUAGAUAUUACUGAUUUCGAUAAGUUGCUUAGGUCUAUGAAUCACUUACAACCACUUUUUUCCUUAAUUAAAUGGGUUGUAGAAGAGGUUAACAAGAAUUUUUAUGAACUUCGAAGGCUAAUAACAUCCAAGUUGGGAAAGGCUAGAAAAAGCUUGAAGAAGAGCCCAUGGCAUCCAAAGUAUUUUUUUGGUCAACACCGACUAAAAAAAAUUUUAAAAAAUGUGGUUUUUCUUUCCAAUUUUUCAGAACAAACCUUUUAUAUUUGGAAUGAUCUCCAAGAUUUAAUUCAUGAUGAUGAUAUGGUAAAUUACUUGGAUCUUGAAAAGAGGAAGGCUGCUGCUUUUUAUUUUGUAUGUGACCGGGAUAUUCAAAGAUUACUGGUAGACCUUUACGCAACGGAACCGCAAUUUGAAAAAAUCUGGCGAUGCUUGAAAUACGGUGGAGUAGCUCUUGCAGGUUUAGGAUUUAGUGGCAGCUCGAUCAAUAUAUCAAAACUCACUGUGGGAGAUUGGCGGGCCGCUGCUGUAGGUGGACUUGGGUUAACAAUAGCCAUUGUUGCCUCGCUUUUGGAAGAAGAAGAAGUUUCCACACGACCACCUUUUCUACAGAAGUAUAAUCCCAUAAUCGAUACGUUCAAGCCUCCAAUGGAAGGACCGCUGCCAUUCAAUAUAGUAUAG